CAAGUUGGAAUGCUCAAUCGAGCAGUUUCAACGUUUCACUGGAGUUUUAGCGGAAAAUUUAGAAAGUUAAGCUCCGUUUUUAUGGAUUAUGGUCUGCGAGGAACCGAUAAGGGCAUCUAUAUGGCAUGCUUUGGGUCAUUAUGCCUAUGAAGAUGCAAUCUUCCUUGCUGAACGACUUUUUGCAGAAGUUGGCUCUGAUGAUACUUUGUACCUUCUGGCAACAUGUUUUUAUCAAGCUGGUUACUGUAAGAGAGCAUACUCUUUGCUUCAAAGCAAAGGCUGUCCAACUCCGCUCUGUCGAUUUCUUUUUGCAAAAUGCUGCAUGGAAUUAGACAAACUGGCAGAAGGUGAAAUGGCCCUGACUGGAGGAUGCCUGACAAACAGCAAACCUCUAGAGACCAUUGCUUCUGAGUUUGGUUCUGCGGCAGGUUAUGGACUGGCUCUCUUGGGGCAAAUAUGCAGGAAAUCAGAACAGUUUGCAAGAGCAGCAGAAUGCUUUAAAAGUAGUUUGAAGUAUAAUCCGUUUUUAUGGAGCUCCUUUGAGAAUCUAUGUCAGCUAGGAGAGAAGCCAGAUGCAGCAGAUUAUUUUAAAUCAUCUUCUUGUCCCAAAAUCACAUCUUUCAUUUCAAACAGAGAACAUAUGACAAUAGGAUCCCCCACUGUUACCAUGGAUACAACAAGUCCAUCAGACAAUCAGCGACGAAAUGUUGACACAGUAUCCUCCGAAAAUCUCGACCCCUCACACAACAAAACUCUGCAGAACAUUAGCAUGUUAAUUUCAUCCAGACCUGGCUCUCUAGAUAUGUCUGGUAGCAGUUUCACUGUGCCAUCAUCUGCUGUUAGUGUCAGUGAAAAAAGAAUGCGUCAGAAGGUUGGGAGGAAUCUGUUAGGAGCUGCGCAGUCAGCGAGUCCCUUAACUCCGAGUUUUGGAAUGCUGGCAUCAGAUACACCCACAAAUGACCAGAAUUCUGUGUCAUUUAUUACUCCAUCUCCAGUUGUUGGUGAAGGACACGCCCCUAAAGCACCUAUGAAAAAGGGUGGUAACAGAAGAAAUGAUUCUUCAUGCACACCAGUGAUGGCUAUCACAUCUAGUGUUCAUAGCAUGCACUCUCCAUCAACAAUGUUCACGUCUUCUCCUCAUGGCACUGGACAUCAAAGCUUUUCUUCAAAUGCUCCCAGUGUACGGCGGAGUUCGCGACUCUUUACACUGUCUUCUAGUAACAGCUCUGUCAGCAAUUUUGAUUCAACCAAUAAAGACCGAAGACCAAAGAGUGCAAGAGUAGCAUCUCCCUCACAUAGAACUGCUGUUAGUAAUGUUGUGAGAAAGACUCGACGGCAAACCAGAAGUUCCACUCCUCAGCCAUUAGCUCCCUGUGUUGAGAAUGUAAUCCAAGAAGGGUCAUCGACUCAACAAAGCAAUGAAGGGAGGGGUCAGGCAAAGUUAUCACCUGUCCAGGGUGGUAUGGAUGGGUUAAUGGCGCUUUUGAAGCAAAUAGGACAGGCAUAUGUGCAUCUUAGUUCCUAUGAAUGCAAGCAGGCAUUGAAUGCCUUUUCUUCAUUGGCACCGCACCAUUACAACACAGGAUGGGUGUUGACUCAAGUUGGCCGGGCCCACUUUGAACUGGCGGAGUAUCAGCUGGCUGAGAAAGUUUUCGCCAAAGUAAGACAACUAGAACCGUACAGAAUUGAAGGAAUGGAAAUCUAUUCCACGACAUUAUGGCAUUUACAAAAUGAGGUGUCCCUCUCGGCUCUAGCGCAAGAAUUGGUAGAAACUGACCGUACCUCCCCUCAGGCUUGGUGCGCUACCGGCAAUUGCUUUAGUCUACAAAAAGAACAUGAUACUGCCAUCAAGUUUUUCCAGCGAGCAGUUCAGGUCAACCCAACUUUUACUUACGCUUACACGCUGCUGGGACACGAGUACGUUCUCACGGAAGAACUUGAUCGAGCCAUGUCGUGUUUCCGCCAGGCUGUCAGGACAGAUUCGCGGCACUAUAAUGCAUGGUAUGGAAUUGGUAUGAUAUAUUACAAACAGGAGAAGUUUAAUUUAGCUGAAAUCCAUUUUAGAAAAGCUUUGUCAAUAAACCCAUCAAGUUCUGUGCUGUACUGUCAUGUCGGAGUGGUGCAACACGCAAUGAAGAAAUCUGAUGCCGCGCUUGUUACCAUCAACAAAGCCAUGAAUAUUGAUCCGAAGAAUCCGCUGUGCAAGUUUCAUCGCGCUUCAAUUUUAUUCUCAAUGGAUAAACAUAAGGAGGCGCUAGAAGAACUCGAGGAAUUAAGGAAAAUUGUGCCUCGAGAGGCUUUAGUUUACUUUUUACUUAGCAAGGUUUACAAAAAACUUGGGGAAAAUCACUUGGCACAGAUGAAUUUCUCGUGGGCGAUUGACUUGGAUCCGAAGGGUGCAAACAAUCAAAUUAAAGAAGCCAUUAACAAGCGAUAUCUCCCGGAUGAUGACGACACAACCAUGGGACUUGACACCGCUGAUACUAUGGAUCAAUCUGUGGGCGUAAACGAACUCUCUGACGAAGACGAGGAUUAGAUUGUAAACGAACCUAAAAGAGCUGCUUUUGAACUGUGGGUUGAAAUAUAGGGACUGUAUUUGAUUUUGAACAUUAGGAAAAUGAUUUUCAAAUGAAAUUUACCUUCGAGCUUCAUUAAAAGAGAGUUAUGCUCCAGAAACUAAAUGAUUAAGUAUUAUUAAGUUUGCUAGUUGAUUGUCGUGUACACUUUGAAAUGUUGCGGAUGAAAAUGAUAUGGUCUCUGGAGCAUACUUCUCCUUUUGAAAUUUUUUUAACGCGGUUUUGCAUCAAUUGGAAUCUCCGUAUGUUUAUACGAAGCCUAUAGGAGCGCAACGACCCUGAAAAAAUAUCAGGCUACUUGUUUCAUGGUACACUUUUUGUCACUGAGAUAUCUUCAUGAAGCAAUUUUCAACUGGGUGUCAUAAAGGACCAAGCAGUUAUGCCAUUGACACAGAUAUCGAGAAAUUAUGAGUUUGAGAGUAAAAUUCUCAUUGUUUUAGUAUUUCUAAUCACUCUCGCGCUAAGUCGAUUAUUAUCUAGAGAAGUGAUGCUUGGGGAAAAUAUCCGGGAGAUUAGCCUCGAUGUGACGUGAAACGGUGGGGUAGGGAGGACUGGGCGACUUUCUCCAGUAUCACUCCUUGAUAAAAGAGGUGGCUGCUUAUGGGGAAUUGUAUCGCUAGUUAACAGCAAGUAAAAGAAAUUAAACUAUUAAUUAGAUAUUGGAUGUUUUAUAAAGUAAUUAAUUUAGGUUUGAUAUCGGAAGAGAGACUUACGUCGCAUGUAUCAUAUAACAACAUGCAUCAAUUUAAUGUGUAUUUUUUAUGAUUGCAAUUCACAAUUUGUCGACUUUCGUCAUCAAUAACAAGUUUUUUACGCCAGCUUAAAUGCGGUACCAUUGUUAUUGAUUUGUCUCGUUGAUUAAAUUUGGACACAACUUGGUUAAAUGUUUCUUUUAUCAGAUACACUGAGUUUGUCCCCCCUCCCCUCCCCCCUUAGAGGGCCGUACGAAAAGACUUACAACACAACACAAUCCAAAAAAGCCUAAGCCCACCCCUGUUCGAAGGGGUAAGUUUCUAAAGAAACUGUGGUGCUGUGUUGGCAGGGGGUAUUUAAAGAUAAUUUCAUUUCAUCGAAUGAGUUGAAAAUGUUAAUUGGCUAUCGUUUCGAACGUUAGCCCGUCGUUCGAACGAAACCCUUUCCCUAUGUAAUCUCCAUUUUUGUUGUAUUU